AUGGCCAUGGCCUCCAGUUUCUGCCAGAUGGAGCCAUUUGACGGCCAGAACUUCUCCGAUUAUUUGGAUCGUCUCGAGUGUUAUUUUGCCGCAAGUAGAAUCGGAGUGGCAGCUACCACCGAUGCAGACGACGUCACUGCUGCAGGAAAGGUCAAAACGGCUGCCCUGAUUGCGCUGAUGGGUAAAGCUACCUACUCGACGCUGAAAGACUUGUGCUUUCCUGGCAAGCCAACGUCUAAAACGUUCGAUGCGAUAGCCGAUCUCCUCAAGAAACACUUCCAACCGAAGCUGAGUUUAGUGGCGGAAAGCUAUCGUUUCCAUCAGUGCCGGCAAGGAACGGAAUCUGUCACGGAUUUUGCAAAUCGCCUGAAGAGACUGGCGUCCACUUGCGAAUUCGACUCCCACUUGGAUCGCGCACUGAAGGACCAGUUUGUGCAAGGGCUACGAGGCCAAUCCAUCACGAAGAAACUGCUGACUAUGGCGAACGACAAGAAAUUUGCUGAUUUCUUAGCCACGGCAACUUCGGAGGAACUCGCUGAUGCGCGGACUGCAGAGCUGACAUCGGCCUCAAGGACUACAGACGUCCACAGUCUUCGGUCCGCGCCAUCAUCGCUGAAGUCGCGUUCGUACAACGACAGGCCUCCCAAAGCUGGCCGCAAGUGCACUGGCUGCGGCGGACAAUGGCACGAGAGACGAGAGAGCUGCCCUGCCUGGGGAAAGCCGUGUAAUUUCUGCCACAAGCAGGGCCAUUUCGCAUCUGUGUGCAGAGCCAAGGACAAGGUACACUUUGUGCACAAUCCAGCGCCGGACGCGGGGGAAUCAGACUCGGCAAUAAACAGUGAGGAGUAUUGUCCGGAACAGCCAUGUAAGCAGUACUGUCGACCCUCGGCAGAGGAGAAGGAGCUGGACCGGCUGGUGAAAGAGAACAUUAUCCACCCCGUGCAGAGUACCGAUUGGGCUGCACCGAUUGUGCCAGUGCUAAAGAACAAUGGCCAGAUACGUAUCUGUGGCGACUACAAGUGUACCAUUAAUCAAUCAUCCAAGACAGACAAGUAUCCGUUACCCAACAUAGAAGACUUAUAUGUGAAACUGAAUAAAGGAUGCUGCUUCACGAAGUUAGAUCUCAGCCAGGCCUAUCAGCAGCUACCGUUAGACGAACAGUCUCAGCUUCUCACGGCUAUCAACACAAGCAAAGGCCUAUUUGUGUAUAAUCGCUUGCCUUUUGGAGUGUCCGCUGCACCUGGUAUCUUUCAGCGCACCAUGGAGCAGCUGUUGGCUGACAUUCCAAUGGUCGUAGUGUACCUGGACGACAUCCUCAUAUCUGGCACAACACGAGAGGAACACGACCUCCAUGUCAAAAUGGUCUUGGAGCGUCUUGAAUCGGCUGGUCUGCGCUUGAACCGGGACAAAUGUGUGUUUGGCCAUUCAUCUGUCACUUUCCUCGGCCACAUCAUUGAUUCAACCGGAAUAACGCCGACAGCUGAGAAAGUGCAAGAUGUGCUGGACGCCAAGGCACCGACUAACGUAUCGCAGCUCAGAAGCUACUUGGGAUUGAUUAACUAUUAUCACAAGUUUGUACGGAACUUAAGUACUGUGUUGAAACCCCUGUACGAAUUGCUCUCUAAGAAGCAGUGGCGAUGGUCUGACUGUGAACAGUCUGCUUUUGAGAAAAGCAAAGCCAUGCUACUAGAAGCACCAUGCCGUGUACAUUACGACCCGAAGAUGCCAAUUGUCGUCAGUUGUGAUGCAUCACCGUAUGGUAUUGGUGCCGUUCUCUCACACAUCACUGCGGACGGAGACAAGCAUCCAGUCGUGUUUGCAUCGAGAACAUUGUCCUCAGCGGAACAGAAAUAUGCACAGAUCGAGAAAGAAGGCCUGGCUAUGGUGUUCGCCAUCAAGCGCUUUCAUAAGUAUUUAUUUGGCCGCUCGUUUGUGCUGCAGACUGACCACAAGCCUCUACUUGGUCUAUUUCAGGAAGAUCGUCCGAUUCCGCCGAUGGCCAGUGGUCGCAUCCAACGCUGGGCCCUACUACUAGCAAGCUACGACUACCAGCUUCAGUUCAAGUCGGGCAGCAACAAUGGUAAUGCUGAUGGACUCAGUCGGCUACCAUCACCCUCAUCGGUACCAGAAGUCCCAACACCAGCCGAAGUCGUUCUGUCGAUGUCUGUCCUGGAGAACACUCCGGUCACAUCCACCACCAUUGCUCAAUGGACGAGCAAAGAUCCGGUGCUGUCACUUGUCCUCAAGUACGUCGAAGAAGGUUCGCCAGACAACAUCCCCGUGGAUUAUCAAGCGUAUUCCCGUCGUCGUAAUGAGCUUUCAGUAAUAAGUGGCUGUCUUUUGCUGGGCUCACGUGUUAUUAUUCCACCAAGAGGCCGUGAGACGCUCCUGGAAGAAUUACAUGAAGGUCACCCGGGCAUAACCCGGAUGAAAGCCCUCGCCCGCAGCUACAUCUGGUGGCCAUCUAUUGACGACGAGAUAGAGCUCAAGAUCAAGAGCUGCCAACCGUGCCAAGCCAUUCAGAAGUCACCAGCCCUUCAGCCGCUACAUCCCUGGGAAUGGCCAGGUAAACCAUGGGUGCGUCUGCAUGUCGAUUACGCAGGUCCAGUUGAAGGCAAGAUGCUCCUGGUUAUCGUUGACAGUUUCAGUAAGUUUAUUGAAGUCCACCCGGUAUCGUCUGCAACCUCGGCAACUAUUGCCAAGCUCCGUCAGACAUUUGCAACGCACAGACUGCCGCUUCAACUUGUUUCCGACAAUGGCUCAGUAUUCACCAGUGACGAAUUUCAACGAUUCUGUUCUGCUAAUGGUAUCAAGCAUACCCGGUCAUCUCCGUACCACCCAGCCAGCAACGGUCUAGCUGAGCGUGCCGUACAAACUGUCAAGAAUGCGCUGAAGAAGUCUGUUGGUGAUUCUGAUUUGGAAUCCCGUCUGUAUCGGUUCCUGUUUCAGUAUCGCCUUACGCCACAAUCAACUACUGGUCAAUCUCCAUUUCAACUCAUGAUGGGUUAUAAGCCUCGGUCCCGUCUUGACCUCAAAUUUCCGGACACUUCUAAGAAGGUUUUCAGCCGACAGCAAGCAGCCGUAGACCGCCACCCGGCUCACUCGUCGUCCUUCUGCUGUGGCGACCCUGUGUCCUGUGCCAACUUUGCUGGCUCACCUAAAUGGAUGGAUGGAGUUCUUGAAGAGUGUCUAGGCCCAGCCACAUUUACGGUGCGCCUACCCGAUGGCAGAUUGUGGAAACGGCACAGUGACCACAUCCGCCCACGAUUGCCGGCCGAGGAGCCACCUGUGGCUGCGCCAGAACAGGCAACAACCGCAUAUCCAGCUGUCGUUCCAUCUGGUCAACCUCUGAGCCAUCCAGGGUCGACAUCAUCUGUGCUGGAUUCAGACGCAUCCGAACUACAGCCUUCAGUUGAUUCUGUACCAACGGCCGUAUCUGCCUCACCAGUUCCUCCAGCACAGGAAUCAGUCACACUUCCAGAGUCGCAGUCAGCUGGGUCGACUCCUGCUAUUCAUCCGCGUCGCUCAACUAGAGCUGUUCAGGCGCCCAUCCGUUUGGACUUGUAA